AUACGAAUAGUCUUUGCUUUCGGAAGUGCUCCAAGAGAUCCUCCUCGGGAAGUCUCGACGAAGGGAAAGGCAGGAAUAAAGAAAGUGAGAAGAGGGGCGAAGGGGAGCAGAUAUCAUCUGCGACUAUUAAGUUUAAGAGGAAACAGGAGGAUCACAAACAUCAGAAUGUAUCUUAGCAGCACGCAGUAUGAGAAUUGGACUUUCCGUGACGAACAUGAAGUGGCAAAGUUGCGAUUUCAGGCCAAUCAUGACUUCAUUGAAAAAUUUGGGAGCAGUAUGUCAUUACAGGAGAAGAUGCAGUUCUUCCUGUCAGUUGAAGAGGAGCACAUAAUGGUACGCACUUACGAAUAUUCCUUGAGAGACUUUUGCAAAAAAUUCCGAGACCCCAGAGAUGGAAGAAUCAGGAUGCCUCCAGCAGUAACAACAACGGCACAACACUACUUUAAGAGAUUUUAUUUAUUCAAUUCUGUCAUGGAUUAUCAUCCCAAGGAAAUUCUUCCAUUUGUUUCUUUAACGUCUCAGUGUGGGCCAGUUCCUCUCUUUGAUUGUUUGCUGCAUUUCACGUUGAAUGCUGUUGUUCUUGAGAUCUACGGUGGGCAGAGGACCUGGGGAUAUCGUGCUUGUACCCUUGCGUCCGGGAAGUGCGAGCAGGGGAAUAGCCAGACCCGCGAACAAGGGAUCGGCGCGAAGGAAUGCAUGAGGGGAACCAGGGAGGAGAUGCCAAGAAGGCAUCACAAACCAAAGGGGGAGGCCGGGAGGCGGGCGGGAAGUGGCAAGGCGCCUGGGGGGGGGGGCGGAGAGGCCAGCAACAUGAACACUCCAAGCCGACGUCAGACUCUGCCUCCACUGUGCAGGGGGGCAGGGGUGAAGGGAAACACUUACCAUAAGUGCACAAAGGCAGGGGUGAAGGGAAACACUUACCAUAAGUGCACAAAGGCAGGGGUGAAGGGAAACACUUACCAUAAGUGCACAAAGGCAGGGGUGAAGGGAAACACUUACCAUAAGUGCACAAAGGCAGGGGUGAAGGGAAACACUUACCAUAAGUGCACAAAGGCAGGGGUGAAGGGAAACACUUACCAUAAGUGCACAAAGCUCCUGGAGGUGCUGAUUAAUGAAAUCCUAAUAUAUCUGUGACAGAUUGCUUUAGCUGCGGUGACAACAGCUGUGAGCAGGUUAGGGGAAAACCUAGACCAGUAUGUCACCGAUAUCCUCUUCCCAAAUGACCAAAGACUGCAUCUGAAAGUCCUUAUAGAUGCUGUGAGAAAAAUCAAGAAGAUGGUUAAGAAUGCUGAACCUCCUGCCUCAGACACAGUGCGGCGUGAGAUUGAGGGCAAGUUAGAGAAGUGCAGAAAUCAGCAAAACAAUCCAAAUUCAUCCCAGUACCGGGCAAACUACUCAGAAUGGGAUGAUGAUGAAGUGAUGAUGGCUGCUUCCCCAAUGCAGGAAGACACAGCUCUUGGAGUAGAGAGAAUACGAUCACCAUCAAACUAUUAACUUAUUGUUUUUUUUCUCAUAUAUCAUUUACUGGAUUAUUUGUGUAAAGUGUGAAAGUAAUUUCUGAAAGUUAUAGGAAAACCUUUGUUUUUUUCUAUCUUAUGGCGUGAGAGAGGGAAGAAAAAAAUUAGAUGUAUGUUAAAAUGAAAAACUUUUUAUUUUAAACUCCUUCUAAUGAAAAGAUGGAAAAAUAAAGAAAUUGUCCAAAAGAACAUACUCAAAUUGAAUGAAUAUUAACGAGGCAUGGUAUAACGCAUUGAAUGUUUAGUUUUGCAUAAAAAAAUAUUUUUCUGUUCCAUUAGAUUUAGAAGAAUAUAUAGAAUAAUAUAAAAUGUUUGCAUAAUCAAGCUUCAACAAAAAUCCAUUUUAGGGCAACAAAAAUAGAAUUCAUCCAUGUGGAGGGUGCUGACUACUAUAUAUGAAUAAGGAGAUUAACCCAAGGUAUUUUUUUCCUCCUGUGUGAUAAGCCAAAUCUGAAAGCCCAUUUACAAAUUUAUGGACUGUGCCCAAAAGACUUCCAUGAUACAAUACUAGGACUGAUGCAUUUAUAAGUGCAAUUUUAAAUCAUUACCAUUAUCCUGGGGAUAACUGCUAAACUAGUGAAAGUUAAAGAGAAAUAAAGUUGUAAUUAUUAA